GUCUCGUCCACACAUCUACCACUCCCAGAAAAUGAAGAGGUCCUGACGGCCGGCUUGCUCUAGGAUAUGGCUCCUCUAGGAACUCUGAGCUCGUCAGUGCUCCUGGCCACUGUCCUACUCCUGUCCUUCCUCCUGAGCUUCCUGGUCCUUGCCUCAUCACUUGAUACUAGAGCACCACCCAAUAAUGAUCUCCAGACCCUCCUUUGCCUCAAGGCCCAUCUCUCUGACACUGCCGGGCAGCUAGCCUCGUGGAAGAAUGAUUCUCUUCAGUUUUGCAGUUGGGCUGGUGUUAGAUGCAGCAAGAGGCGCACAUCUCGCGUUGUUGCUCUGGACCUCGGGUCGUUUGAGCUCAAUGGCCAAAUACCUGCUUGUAUUGCCAAUCUCACUUUCCUCGCAAGAAUCCACUUCCCAAAUAACCAGCUUAGUGGCCCAAUCCCUCGUGAGCUUGGCCAACUAAAUAGGCUGCAGUACCUUAACCUCAGUUCGAACCAUCUCAGUGGUGUGAUUCCGGACACACUGUCCUCCUGUUCUCGCCUCCAGAUCAUCGACCUUGGGGGAAAUUCCCUACAAGGUGUGAUUCCUCCAAACCUGAGCCAAUGCUUAAAUCUUGAGGAGCUCGUCUUGCAAGAUAACAGCCUCAAUGGAGGUAUCCCUGAAGGCCUGGGGAUGCUCCAGAACCUUUCAGUUUUGCAUCUUGCUGGAAAUAGUCUGAUGGGGAAAGUUCCUCUUUCACUUGGAUGCAAAUCUUCACUUACAGCUGUUGUUCUUACGAAUAAUAGCCUCACCGGACCAAUCCCAACUUGCCUAGCUAAUAGUUCAUCGCUCCAAGUGCUGGACUUAACAAACAACCAUCUUGAUGGAGAGAUUCCACAUGCUCUGUUAAAUAGCAGAUCACUCAAAAAAAUAUCCCUUGGGCUGAACAAAUUUGUGGGGUCGAUACCAGCUCUCUCGCACGUUGACUCUCCCUUGGAGCAUCUCAUUUUGUCAUCAAAUAAUCUUUCAGGUGCCAUACCUUCUUCAUUGGGGAAUCUUUCUUCCCUUCUCAGGCUCUUGCUUGCAUACAACAAUCUUGAAGGUAGCAUCCCCAUGAGUAUAGGUAAAAUUCCAAACCUGCAAGCACUGGACCUGACUCACAACUAUUUGUCAGGAACUGUCCCAACCUCCCUUUACAAUAUGUCAACCCUCACAUACCUUGGCAUAGGCGCAAAUAACCUUGAGGGGGAAAUUCCGCAUAACAUUGGCUUCACCCUUCCAAGCAUCAAAAAAAUCUUUUUUCUAGAGAACCAAUUCCAUGGUCAGAUCCCUGCUUCACUAGCGAAUGCAACCAACCUUAUGGUCAUUGAUCUACGGUACAAUUCAUUCCAUGGAAUUGUUCCUUCUUUGGGUUCGCUUCCCAACUUGCAGGAACUAAAUCUAGGCAUGAAUCAGCUUGAAGCUGGGGAUUGGUCUUUCCUUUCCUCACUUGCCAACUGCACGAGGAAAUAAUAUAUCCGGGACAAUACCACCCGAGAUAGGACACCUCACAAACGUUACGGUUCUUUACCUGGGGAUCAAUCAAUUCAUCGGAAGCCUCC